UGCGGUGUGUCUUCCGCCUUCUGCAUGUGCGGCCGUGAGGGGCCCCGCCGGGGCUGGGGGCGCUGUGCCCCCAGCCCCCUGCUCCUCCUGAGUCUGCUCGCGUCUGCAGCCCCACUUGCCCUGCUGGGGGAGGAGACCCGCCAGGUGUCUCUGGAGGCCAUCCCUGCUGGGCUGGACCCCCCACAGAACCUGCUGCACAUCCGGGCGGUGGGAGCCAACUCCACGCUGCACUACGUGUGGAGCACCGUGGGGCCUCCGGCCGUGCUGCUCGUGGCCACCAACACCCCCCACAGUGCCCUGAGUGUCAACUGGAGCCUCCUGCUCUCCCCUGAACCCGACGGGGGCCUGACGGUGCUCCCCAAGGACAGCAUCCAGUUCUCUUCCGCUCUCGUCUUUACCAGGCUCUUCGAAUUUGACGGCGCCAACACAUCCGAGGCGACCCAGCCCCCGGGAGACCCGUACCCCCCGUAUUCCCUGGCCAAGUUCUCCUGGAACAACAUCACAGACUCACUGGACCCUGCCACCCUGAGCGCCACGUUUCGAGGCCACCCCACCGACGACCCCGCCGGGGCUUUUGCCAACGGCAGCCUGGCCUUCAGGGUGCAGGCCUUCCCCGGAUCCGGCCGGCCAGCCCAGCCCCCGCGCCUCCUGCAUUCGGCCGACACCUGCCAGCUGGAGGUGGCCCUGGUAGGGGCCUCUCCCCGGGGAAACCGCUCCCUGUUUGGGCUGGAGGUAGCCACCCUGGGCCAGGGCCCCGCCUGCCCUUUGAUGCAGGAGCAGCGCUCCAUCGACGAUGAAUAUGCACCUGCUGUCUUCCAGUUGGACCAGCUGCUGUGGGGCUCCCUCCCAUCCGGCUUCGUGCAGUGGCGGCCAGUGGCCUUCUCCCAGAGCCAGAGGGGCCGGGAAUCGGCCCUGCCCUGCCGGGCCGCCCCACCUCACUUCGCCUCGGCCCACCUCCCCCAGUCGCCCAUCGUCCGCGCCUUCUUUGAGUCCCACAAUAACUUCUGUGCCUUCAAUUUGACAUUUGGGGCUUCCACAGGCCCUGGCUACUGGGACGCACACUACCUCAGCUGGUCCAUGCUCCUGGGUGUGGGCACCCCGCCGGUGGACGCCCUGUCCCCACUAGUUCUGGGCAUCAUGGUGGCGGCCCUGGGGGCCCCGGGACUCGUGCUGCUGGCUGGAGGCCUGUUUCUGCUGCUGGGCCACAGGCGGUGGUCCGAAUACCAACCCAUAAACUGAGGCCUGCGUCCGGAGGGCCAGACACGAAUUCCUGGGCCUGCCUUGCUGGGCCACUGGACGGGGAGGUCUAGCCGCUCCCUUCUCCCAUCUUGCUUUUCUGCAGAACACCAGGGACCACCUUCACCGCUCUGGAGAACCCCCAGGCGGGGCUGCCUUCAUCCUCUGGGGAGGCGCUGGGGACAGGGUGAUUGCCGGACGGAGGGUCCCUUGGCGAUGCCUUGUGGCCCCUCUACCCCCAUUUCCCGUAAAUGGGACUCACGGCCCUAAAUGAGAGGCCUUCUGACGGGUCGGCUGCCCUGGAGGGCACGAAAUAGACUCAUUUUCUGUCCUCUCUCGA